CGAUAACUUUCCAAUAAUCAUUGGGCUAGCCACUGCUUUAACCGGACUUUGUAGUUCGAAGUUCAAAUUCAAAAGAAGGCCGAUCAUCAUACAAUACAAGUCUCAAUUCCCAUAAAACGUUGUUCCAUUAGCCAUGGCGGCCACAACACUGCUUCAGGAGCUUCUUUUUUUCCAUCCACCUCAUAAAUACCCUAGAAUUCAACACUAUCAUUUAAAGUUCACCGAGAGAGCUCCGCCCAGCAAGAAAUUCACCCUUUGCCGCAGCAAAAUCGGCAAUUCCUCGCAUAAUCCGUGCCCGGCAGCAGAAGAUACCGCCGAAAGCCAUGGCAAAAUCACAAGACUGAUUCAAGGAUUUGACCCCGAUAUUCCAAUAGAAGAGGCGCGGACCCCACCAAGCUCUUGGUACACCGACCCUGAUUUUUACUCCGUUGAGCUUAACCGAGUUUUUUAUAGAGGAUGGCAAGCCAUCGGAUAUACCGAACAGAUUAAAGAACCACGUCAAUUCUUUACCGGCAGGCUAAUGAGUGACUGCAUCAGAUUGGGAUCUAUUGAGUACGUAGUUUGUCGGGAUGAGGAAGGCACAUUACAUGCUUUUCACAAUGUGUGUCGUCAUCAUGCAUCACUUGUGGCCUCCGGAACUGGGAAAGGAUCUUGUUUUGUCUGUCCUUACCAUGGUUGGACUUAUGGGUUGGAUGGAGCACUCAUGAAGGCAACAAGAAUAGAAGGGAUCAAGAACUUCAAAGUGAAUGAAAUGGGACUCGUCCCACUGAAAGUCGCCAUCUGGGGGCCAUUUGUACUGAUCAAUUUUGAAGAAGUUAGAACGAAUGAAUAUAUUGAUACAAAGGCCGUGGGCAAUGAAUGGCUAGGUAGUGCUGCAGGUGUACUGAGCUCUGGAGGGGUUGAUACAUCAUUAGAUUAUGUUUGCAGACGCAUAUAUACCCUCGAUUGCAAUUGGAAGGUCUUCUGUGACAAUUAUUUAGAUGGUGGUUAUCAUGUCCCUUAUGCACAUAAAGGGCUUGCAUCCGGUCUCCAACUUGAUUCAUACUCAAUAGAGAUGUACGAAAAUGUUAGCAUCCAAUGGUGUGCUGGCAAUAACAAGGAUCGGGAAGAAGAAUUCAACAGACUUGGAACAAAAGCUUUAUAUGCGUUUAUCUACCCAAACUUCAUGAUUAAUAGUUAUCCGGCAACAGAGUUCUAUCUGAAAAUGUUAAUUAGGUACGGACCAUGGAUGGACACGAACCUUGUACUACCACUGGGACCUCGGAAAUGCCAAGUGAUAUUCGAUUACUUUCUAGAUGCUUCCAUGAGGGACGACAGUGCUUUCAUCGAGAAGAGUUUAGAGGACAGCCAUAGAGUACAGGAAGAAGACAGUUUCUUAUGUAAAUCAGUACAACAAGGGCUUGAGUCUCCAGCAUAUGAUGUUGGGCGAUAUAGUCCAACUGUUGAGAUGGCUAUGCAUCAUUUUCAUUGCCUGCUGCACAAAAAUCUCACUUGUUAGGAUCAAGAAAUGAGCAAAAUGUUGUGUUGGUUAUAGUAACAAAUCUAGAAAAGUUGCUUAAAGUUUUGAUAAGUACCAAUCAGAUCACUUGUGCAAACACACCCGUGGAAAUGAAUUGAGGAAAUGACAGCAAGGGAAGUAAAUGGAUGACAUAAUGCACUUGUCAUUAUUUUCUUGGGAAGUUCUCUAAAUUAAGGAGCUCGUUUCUACACAUCCUCUCUAGAUGUAGGGAGCCAAAAUGGCUUCCCAUUAUUUUCUUUUGGCCUAUUGUAAUACAUCCUCUCUACUUACAUAUUCAUAUAUAUAUAUAAUUUAACACUGAGUGCUACCAAAAAUAAGGAGGCUGCUAAAGUAAAAGUGAAAUAAAGAGCUUGAAAUAUGGGGAGGUAAAGUUUAGGAAGACAAAUUUAGAGUUUAACAGAGAUGUUGGAGUUGGUCAUACUAUAGCUUUUUAAACGCAUGUUUGUUCACUGUUGCGCCCAUAUAUUUGUGGCUAAAGUACACAUUAUCUUAUUUAUCGUUUAUAAGUUUUACGGAUGUACAUGUGAAAUUUUUAGGAAUAAAAAG